AGCCUCCUUCAUCACAUGUCGUCGGCAUAAGAAAGCUUCAUUACAAUAGUGAUUGUUGGAGUAUACAAGCGGAAUAUUUUUGCUCUUUCGUGCGUGCUGAAUUUUGAUACAAAAUAUUAACUAUGGCAGACACGAAGGUUGACUCCGCGACAGAAAUCUCCGCAAAGGACCUGAAGGAGAAGAAACUCCUCGAGGAGAAGGAAAAUGGAAAAGAUGCCACUAACGGAAAGGAGAAUGAAGAAAAUGGAGAGCCUGAAAUUGAUGAUGAAGAGGAUGAUGAGGUGGAUGAGGAAGAUGAAGAGGAAGGAGAGGGUGAUGAAGAUGAGGACGACGAUGAUGAAGAUGAUGAUGAGCUAGGUGGAGGAACAAAACGGGCUGCUGAUGAUGACGAUGAAGAAGAUGAGGAUGAUAUUGACCCCAAGAAGCAGAAGACGGAUGAUGAUGAUUAAAGGAUUGUUUCAUAUUGUGGAGCAGGAGUAGAUGCCUCUGCUUUAACCCAAACCGUUGGAGCCGGUGGCAUAAAGGACUCAAAUACAUAAAACAUGGUCAUUUUCAAGUCAGUCACCCAUGUUAACCAACUUGACCCCAAUUAAAAAUUUUCUAGAGGACCGACCACAUCUCAGAUUUUCAGCAUUCACAAUGAAAAUACGCAAGACAAGGAUUUGUUUGUAUUUUUAUUUACAUUUUAUAUUUUUGUACAUAUAUUGUGAAGAGGUCAGCCACUUUAUCAUGAUCUCCUGUGACCAAAACGGUGCUUCUUUAUGGAAAUUUUACUUGUUUGGUUUGACCAUGUCUCAAUAUUUCAACGUAAAUACAACAUGUAUAAAAUCAACAGCCAUUGAACUCAAGAGCAUUCCAGUAAAUUUUAUGUAUGAACUUUAGUUGUACCAUAAACUAGUUUUUGUAUGAGAGGGCAAGGCCAAAGAAAAGGAGUUUUGGUUUCUUUUGACUUUGUUUUGUCUACAUUAUUUGUUUUACCUUGGCCUGUUUGUUGUAUGUGUGGAGUUUGUUGUUCAACAAUAAACUUAACUUUUAUUUUGUGAGUUA